CACACAGGCAAGCCGGGGCGGGGGGCCCACCAAGGCCGAAGCGGCCGGGGCCCCGUCGGGGCGGCCAGGGCGUGACGAUGCCGGGUGGUGGCAGCGGCGUCCCGGGCCGGGGCCCGUGACCAUGGGCAUCGCAGAGUCCACGCCGGACGAGCUGCCGUCGGACGCCGAGGAGCAGCUGCGCAGCGGCGAACAGCAGCUGGAGCUGAGCGGGCGGCGGUUGCGGCGGCUGCCCAGCGCCGUGUGCGCACUGAGCCGCUUGCAGAAGCUGUAUGUGAGCGGCACCGGGCUGCGCGAGCUUCCCGAGGAGAUCGAGGAGCUGCGCGAGCUGCGCAUCCUGGCGCUCGACUUCAACAAGCUGGAGCGCCUGCCCGACGGCCUGUGUCGCCUGCCGCGCCUCACGCGCCUCUACCUGGGCGGCAACCGUCUGCUGGCGCUGCCAUCCGACUUUGCGCAGCUGCAGAGCCUGCGCUGCCUCUGGAUCGAAGGCAACUUCCUGCGGCGCUUUCCGCGGCCUCUGCUGCGCCUGGUGGCGCUGCAAUCGCUGCAGAUGGGCGACAACCGGCUGCGCGCGCUGCCCGCGGAGCUGCCGCGCAUGACGGGCUUGCGUGGCCUCUGGCUCUAUGGCAAUCGCUUCGAAGAGUUCCCGCCCGCGCUGUUGCGCAUGGGCCGGCUGCACAUCCUCGACCUCGACCGCAACCGCCUGGGCGGCUUCCCCGACCUGCACCCUCUGCGUGCGCUCCGAGUUUUCUCCUACGACCACAACCCAGUCACUGGACCCCCGCGGGUGGCAGACACCGUUUUCCUAGUGGGUGAGGGCGCCGUCGAGCGCAUGGCUGAGCGUGACGAACCCAUUCCGCGGCCGCCAGCCCGGCGUCCAGCCCGGGCCUUUGAUGAUGAGGAGGAAGAAGACUUGCUCAUAGGAGGCGCAGGACCCAGAGCCCUGGGGCCCGCCAGGGAUAACCUCCGAGCCUUGGAAGCCCCUCCAGGAUUGGGUACCUGAGCCUUUUCCCUGAGAGAUGGGCUUGGCUACUCUGGAAGAAGGGGCUUUGCAAGGCUGUGGCUGUCUGGAUAUACGGUGCCGGUGGGCCUCUUACUUGGGGCACUGAAGGAGCAUCAUUGAGCGAGCUGCCUGGCACAGGCAGGCCUGAGGCCGUCUUCAGACACUCCUAGGUAUUAAGAGAGAGUCCCUGGGCUAACCUCUGGGCAGUUUUCAGACCAAGAAGUCUGGGGUAGAGCCACUGAUGGUACAACAGGCGAGCCGGUUCUCACCUGGAAUCAGGGUCACCACUUAUCCAUAGAAUCAUCCCUACUCCGACUUGGGAUGUCCAGGGCAUCUAUCACUUUCACCUGAGGUUUGGAUCGCCUAGGCUUUCCCUAGCUCUUGCUAGAGUCAUUACCUUUGGGGCAGACUGUAUAGGGGCAAAACUGCCUCUCCGUGUGUGUAUUGGGGGUGGGGAAUAGUUCUGGCCAGAGGCAGGGCAUAGGGACUCUGUCCAAGACAGAAGCAGACAUAGACUGGGGCCCAACACUUCAGCUUCCAUCAGUUCUCCAGCAGGUCUCCCCCUGAUAGCUGUGUGGUACACAGAGGAGAGGGUCUCCACCCCAUCUUUCCUCCUGAUCUCUUCUCUCAGCAUGUGCUGAAGUAUUGCCGGGCAAAGAGAGAUCUUCCCUCUCCUACAGCCUGUGCCCUCAGUUGUCAAGUGUGAGAAGAUGCCGCUGUGCCUCCAGGGCCUCCUGCCCCAAGAGAGAGGGGCUUUGCACUCUAGGAGGCUGCUCAGGGCCUCCGUACUGCCUGCACUCUCCAUUUCCUUACAUGGGCACAGCCAGGGUGGCUGGCACGGCAUGGGGCACUGGACAGGCACCAUGUGCCUCUACUCCGUCACCAGGGACAGCCUCUGAGGGGCUGAGGAGACAAGCGCUGCAAUUCCCAGGGCCAGAUCCAAGCAAUAAUAGGAGGAGAGGGCCAGAGGACACUCAGGGACACUGUCAGGGGCUGGAGCCCCAGAAGGUAGUGUUUUCUUUAGAAAGAAAAAAAAACCUUGUAAACAUAAAUUAUAUUUCUUGGAGAAAGAA